CCAGGCUCCGUCAGCUGUACCUCCCCUUUCGUCUCCUCUUACAGGGAGCUCCUGUUUCAUUGUGACCCUGCAUUUAUUCAGGAACGCUGCCCUGAAUGUUAGUCCCCUGAUGAGAGGAGGAAAGGCUGGAAUCAGAGGCUCCGCGUCCUUUUGCUCACUUUUAAGGCGUCUUUGUGGGGUACGUAUGCAGGCAGUGUUGCCUUCUGCUUCUUGUUUUGUCACUGUUUGAAAAGAAAGGGAUGCAUUCUUUGUCCUGCUGAAGAGUUCAAAACUCCAGAGUCUGUGCUCAUACCUGAGGUGAUAGGACAGGUUGGACUUUGAUCAGUUUACUUUAACGGGGACGGACCUGAGUCAGUGUUUGUCCUUUCAACGAGUCUGAAGCACAAGACUUGUCUUUCUCUGUCAGCACAGAUAUCAGGAGCAGUUUUCCAUGUUCCUGAUGAUCCGUUAGUAAAGCCAGAACCGAGGGAACCGGGAUUCACCUGCUGUGCUCCGACAGAACCGUCCACAGGUUUGACACCUCAGCCAGUUCUCAGAGAGGGAAAACCACCUCGUGCACGAUGCCCGGCAAAGUCCCGCUGCUGCUGCUGUCGUUGCUGUCCUGCUUCGGGACAUCCCACUGCUGCCUGCAGGACCCCGCUUCAGCCUACAGAUUCACCGGAGCUGUGUGCAGGCUCACCUACCCCGCUGCUGUCGUGCUGAAUGAGAAAACCACCAAAGUGAUCGAGGCUGCUUUUCAACACGCCCGAUACCCGAGCACGAAGGGGGAGAAGUCCCUGCUCUUCAUCGGAAAGGUCACGUACGGCCUGGACAAUUUGGAGAUUCACAACCUGUCGAUUGGUCAGAGCGCGUUUGAGCUGCAUCCAGGUGAAGGCAUCGCCAUGGAGAUAAGCAAUGUGUCUGCAGUGUUCAAGGGCACCAUCCAGUAUGGAUACGGCAACUGGCUUGUUAACUUCGGACAUUCAGUUGACUUUGAGAUUGACUCUCAGAUUGAUCUUGGAAUCAACCCCAAACUUUACUGCGGUGAUGGAAAGGUAGCAGCAGACACAACAGACUGUUACUUGAACUUUCACAAGCUGCGUCUGCACCUGCAGGGAGACAAAGAGCCGAACUGGCUGAAGAAGCUCUUCACCGACUUCAUCACGCUUACUGUCAAGCUGGUCAUCAAGGGACAGAUCUGUAAGGAGAUCAACAAGGCGGCAAAUAUACUGGCUGACUUCAUACAGGACACGGCAGAGCAGUUCCUCACUGAUGGAGACAUCAGCGUGGACAUCGGUAUCGCUGCCGCUCCUGUCAUCACAGCAAACUACAUCGAAUCAUACCACAAGGGACUGACCAAGUACAACAACACGGUUGCUGUCAUCAAUGAAUCGGUUUUCCAUCCAAGUCACCUGACUGAAGACAAGAUGAUCUACUUUUGGAUUUCAGGUUAUCACAGCAGAGGGGUGGCCCUCCCUGAGCUCGGUCCUCCUGGAGAAACAUACACAAAUAUGAAGUCAGGAAGGGGCAAACACAUUUCCACACCACUGUACAUGUUUGACUCUUGGAUAUCAUUUCAGACGCUCCUCAGGACAAACCUCUCUACUGCCAUGCCUGAGUUUAUUAGGAAGUGUCUGCUGGAUUCAGCUUCCCCAGAGUUAAGACUGUGGAGUUCUUCUGUUCCACAUUUGAACAGUUCCACCUCAGGAACGACAAUUUGGGUUCAGGCAUCUGGACGGCUCCACUGUGAGGGCCAAGGCACACCAGUACUCUUCUUUCAGACGGACAUGGCCGUAGACAUCACAACUUCCUAUGUUAACAAGAAAGUCCUCCUGCAAGGUCAUCCAACAGAGAUCUCAGUAUUCAGAGCUGAGCUGCCGUUACAGGAUCAGCAGCUAUAUGAUGAAGCACUCGAGUUCCUAAAGGAAGCUGUGGUGAAAGUUGGAACUCCCAAAGUCCUGUCUGUUCUGGGAGUUGAGCUCACCAGGCUUCUGGACAAACAGGGAUUAUACCAGUUUGAUCUCUUUAACCCUGAGGUGCUUCCCCGGGACGGCUUUGUGGUGAUUCAGAUGGAUUUUGGUUUCCCUCAUCACCUUCUGGUUGAGUUUCUCAAGAGGACACUGGAGUAACCGUUAAAUAUCCGACCCGAGAGUGUGUUUUAAUCUGAAAACUCAGCUAGGAAUGAUGUGAGUCAGAACAUGCUUCUGUCAAGCUGUCCGUGAACAUUUUGUUUGUUGUUGUUUGAUUAAAAUUAAAUACCAUGUAAAAGCUUCUGCAGGUGAUGUACAGUCAGUAAAGAUUACUACAAUUAUUGUGAGACUUUGUGUUAUUGAGAUCAACACAAGGUGUGAGUGAAAGAAGGCGUCUAUGUCGACUGUGCAUGACCAUCCUUGAACAGAGGAGCUGACUUACACCUGUCUGCCACCUAUAAUCUAGUUUUGAGAUCCUCUCCUAGACGCCUUAUCGCCCACUCGCAGCUCUGACAAAUGCCCAGCUGGGACAACCACAUUUACUCAGGGCUUUGAUGAUGUUUCCCUGACAGCUGUAUCUGUGGGGAUGGCGUUCACUCUGUGCUGGAGCGUCCUGUAGCAUACGAAUGUUUAUUUUCACACUGACAUUUGAGACACUGCUCUGAUAAACAUAAUCACAGGAAUCUGUUAUUCUGUCUGGAAAUAGGAGUGGAGGAUUUUACGAGGAUGAAAAUACACAGUUAUUAACUGUUUUAUAUAUUUUAUUGUUGUUUUUGUGCCUGUAAAGUUUAGAAAUUAAAAUCAUACUUAAC